GAGUAGAUGGCAGCAGCAAGCAACGACGACAAGAGGUUCGAUACAGAAGUCUCCGCUCCAGCAUCGGCCAGUGCAGCACUCGCUCACCACAGCUCGAAACGCCACAUUGCCCUACCAUCAGCAUUGGAGCUUGGGGGGAAAUGAGACAUUACAAACUGUUAGCGAGGACGAACCCCGCCAUCUUGGCUAGGAGUUGCCAUUUGCCUGCGCAAUUACCUAAAGGGGCCAGUGUCACGAGGUGUUCUAGAGGCGUCUUCAAGAGGCACAUAGAGCUGAAAUGAAGUCGCACACUGGAUGGUAAGGCAGCCUUCUACCUCGAAAAUAGCUUAGGUUAGGAUGACAUCAAGACGGACAGCCGCCCAUGGGCUGAACUCCCCAUCUUGGCGCAGACACGACUGUUUUCUACCACCAAGACUCGCACUCGGAUCAGCCUCGCUAGCCAGUACGUACCCAAUGCCAGGGUAGUAGAGAAGCAUCCGGCUAGGCUUUGAUCAUUGAUGGUGAGGCAUGUAUUGUUGUCGCACGAGUUCCCCCGCUUUGUCUGAAAGAAGGCAUCGUACCUAUCAAUUUUGGUUCGGAACUUAGCUGGCCAGCACAGCAUAUCUGUCGAUGAUGCCAUCUUCGCCUCACCAACCUGGCCAUGACAGUGGGUUGGCCUCUGGUAGAUGGAACCGCCACAGUGCGUCUGAUAUAUCUUCCGUGGUCAAAGAAGGGAAGAGAUGGUCUUUCACGACGCCUUUUGCCAACAGCAAAAAGCCACCAACCUCGGAUGCGAAUGCCUUUCCUGGUAGCUUGCCGUCGUUUGUCGACCCCAUCAUUGCCAACAAUCUCCGCCAAUUGCACAAAUACUCAUCCAAAAUUCAGAGCGCGGCGAGAAACGUCAAUCAUGUCGAUUCAGCUUGGGACGAAUAUGUCAAGUAUAGAGAAAGGUGCCUCGAAUGUUGCAAGUCAUUGACAACCCCGCCGUUUCCCAGGAGAGAGUCAUCAGUGGUCAGCCCUACUACGGUGCCCCCAAAGCCAGAAUACCAAAGGAAUUCCUCCUAUGACACUUUGAACUUGGUCACAAUUGAUACUGGCUCGUCGUCGCAGAGCUCUGGCAGUCGGGUCGAUCCGUCUCUACAUCUUGGCUCCCAGGAUGACCGAUGCCAGAAGGCAACUCAUGAAUGGCAGAGCACUAUUGAGCUCUUGGCCAACACGCUACGGACGUCUUUGCAAGAAACAUAUAAUGUGCAUGAUAAGGGUGCGACCCGGGAGGGCUUUGAGAGGAUAUGUGCUGACAAAGCCGCCCGUCUUAACACCAUCUACCACAUGCGCAACGCGAGUAUAUCCAGAAUGAUGUCUGCGGAUCUCGACUUCUUUCCGAAAUACGACGUCCGUUUCCGCAACUACGAUGAGAUCAAAAAAGAUCUGAUAAAGGUGCAGUCGAUUCUUGGUACCUCGGGCAUACCGCAGAAUAGAACCAUUAUCGAGCGUCGUAUAUCCCCCACAGGGGAUGUAAUGUUGGAGUUUGCCAACGCCGAGAACGAGGAGCAUGCUGUAUUCCGAUUUCGCGUAGCAUCUCAUUGUCUACGGGAGACAUCAUCGCCCAUCUUUGGGCACAUGUUCAACGCCCACUUCCGUGCCGAAUUAGACGAUGACAUCCGACGUAGUCUGCCUCUGCCUCCGUCAAGACAUGUCUGUGCUGACGGUAACGAGGUCAUGCUAUACCGCAUGCCGCAGACCGAACUGAAUAGUCAGCGCUCUCUCGAAAUUUUGCUACACGCGGCUCAUAAUCAUCACGACAGAGUGCCGAGAGAAGUCCCUUUUCGCCAGUUCGUUGCAAUUGCGGAAGCUUGCUUGCGAUACCGAUGUACAUCACCUCUGGAGUUAGCCGUGGAACACCUAUGGUUGCCGUACUGGCGGGAUAACGCGACAGAUGAUAUGCUCGCAGACGUCUUGGUUGUAUCUUACGUAUUUGGACUUUCUGAGAACUUCACUCGUUUGUCAAGGAUGGCUAUUCUGGGUAUGACAGGCUCGGGUUCAUCAUGGCCACUCAAAGUUGAAGAGAAGAUCGCGGCAGUACGCCGUGCAAAGAUCGAGCAAAUCUAUGAGCUGUGUAGGAGUACAUUGAACGAAUUUCUCUGCCCUACACCGUGCCUCAACUCAACACUCGACACCGGCAGCGGUCAAACAACAAAUUCGGGCUGUCUGCGCUGUCCCAGAGGUGACCGCAUAUGUGACGCACAAAACUUAGGAUGGUACAUGAAGACCCUCGCCGAUCUAGGGAUUCUCCCCGCCGUCCUGCAGUCCCCGGCCUUCUUUCACGCGCAAGCGCCACCACAAACACGGAGUCUACAACAGAUCAUCGAAUCUCUCAGCCUCAUGACAAGUCCGCCGCAAUCCCACGGCGGGGUCUGCGACUUUGCGCCGGGCUUCCGGGCCGCGCUGAAGGACAUAUACGAGAGCGUCGCAGGGCUGACGCUCUACGACGUAGCAGGGAAGCGCGGCUGGGCGUUAUCGAAGAACAGAAGCCCGCGACAGAGCACGCAAAGUCAGAGCAACAGCUCCUUCGGCGAGCAGCUGUUCAAGAUUGCUGCGCAGCAGAGGUAUGCACCUGCAGAUCACAAGAGUAAUAGUAGUAAUGAUUGGCGUCAGGAGAACGACGGGGCUUGCUAUUUGAGGAUACUGAGCCUUCUAGAUGACCCGCGAGACCUGUGCGCCGCGGCGAUGGUCAAUAAACGCUUCUAUCAGUGUUACUCGCGCAAUAAGACGUGGCUUUGGGAGAGGAUCCGGAUGCAGAAUAUUGCGGAGGUUGAGGGGAGUUCGGUUACGGUCAAUCAUGCCGCCACUUUCUCGCACGAGAAGUUCAGAAAUGGACAGCUGCUGGUCAUGGAGGGGAAGUCCUUGGCUGAGGGCGAUACUAAUAAAUACCCUCGAGAUAUCCGCGACCGACUUGUUGGCUUCAGGUUCAAAGGGGGUGAAGGAAUUGGACAGAGUUCUAGGUCAGUUAGAUGAUAAGGGGGAAAGGUCGGUGUGUUAGAAAAGGUUCCCAGGGCGCUUGAAUAUGGAUGGGUGCGUAUGGUAUCAAAAUAUUCGGAUCAUUGAUAAUCUGGUGUUUGGUUUGAUAUCCCUAGCUGGCAACUUGGCGGCGGCGAUUUUUGGGAUUUCGGUACGUCAAUUUAGCCUGGUGAGCAUACCCGUGUAACGUUGUUAUUUACAGUCCUUACUAUUGUUAUUAUCACUUUAAGUCCUUGACACCACUUAGAUCCUCUUCUUGGUUUCCUUUUUUAAUAUACGGGAUUGAAGUAUCUUAGCGAGGUUUUCUGCCGCUGUUGUACAUAUAGGUAUCAAGAGACUAUCUUGUGAAGUUGUUUUUCUUACUACCUUGGUUCACACAUUGU